CUAUGUACCGGCCUGGAUAUGUGUCAAGCUGAUUCGCAGCUGAAUUUAUUGACAGCAAAAGUUUCAAGCGUCGUGGGUUCCUGAAUCUUUGUUGAUAGCGAUUUCCGUUCUUAUACAACACGAUUCCGCUUUUCUACACAGUUUCAUACAUUCAGAACGAAAGGACCAUUUGCGUUGUUUCAAAAUUGUAACCCACUGCCAUUGGUAAUUGUUCUCGUUUCGCUCAGUGAAAGGCACUGGUUGAGCCGGUGCCGAACAACGUGUCACACUGCGUACGGAAGGAGUACGGUGGAUAACGUACGUGUCGCUUUAUCCUGGUCGUGGUAACUGGUGGGGCGAUCGGUACGGUGAAGUUUUCAGUUCUCGUCUGGGUGAAAGGAUCGUGCCUAAAGUUGGAUUGAUAAAAUUAGAAACCUAGCAUUGCCGAACUCGUUUGCAGGCUUACCUCACUAUGGGAAAGGCUAAGAAGGGCAAGAAGGAAGCAGCCGGUGCUGGUGUUGAGGAAAAUGUAAGUGAUAACGACGUUGCUCCCCAGACGGACAUUACGGAAGUUGAGGUGGAAAAUAGAAAGAACGAUAAAAAAUCCAAAAAGGAUAAGAAGGCCAAGAAACUGGCCGUCGAUAGCGAUGACGGUGAGGAAGACGAGGUAACCGCAGUUACGGAGUCGGUUAAAAAGAUGGCUGUAACGAAGAAGAAGGAUAAGUCCUCGGCGGAAACGGAACAAUCGACCGGCAACGGUUCUGACGAUGAAAAAGCUGGCGAUAAAGGUAGCAAGGGCAAGGAGGCGAAGAAGAAAAAGGCUGCCAAAUCAGGACCGGUCGGAUUUUCGUUACUGAUGAUGGACGACGACGAUGAUGAUGACGAGCAGGAGAAUGAGGAUGAAGAUCGUGAAGAAAUUGCACGUAAAAGUUCGAUUGAGGAAGAGGCUCCAAGUGCCAAAGGAAAGAAGGCAAGUGGUUCGCAAAGCAAGAAGGAAUCUGUCACGAAGCCGGAAGAAGAAGAUGGCGGAGCGACCAAAGGUGGAAAAAAGAGCAAGAAGAAGAAAAAGAAGGACGAAGAUGAUGAUGAUGAGAUCGAUCGCAUGCUGGCGGAGCUGGGAUUGGAAUACUCUGGUAAAAAGCCGCCACCAAGUGCAGAUGAUGCUGCAGCUCCGCAAGAUGCACAGGCUGAGGCUGAGAAGCCCAAUAAGAAGAAGGAUAAAAAAAAGAAAAAAGACGAUGCGAGUGUUGACAAGGUAACGGAUGGGGGAUCGAUCGACGAUGAGCCGAAAGUGGUAGAGCCUGAAGUGAAGAGUGCAACUGAGAAGAAAAAAGGAAAACAAAAUGUCCCCGUUAAGGAGGAACCUGUUGCGGCGGACCCGGCAAACGAAGAGCAGAAGAAAACGGGUAAAAAGAAGGGCAAAAAGAAUGAAACUGCUUCCACGGCGGCGGUCGAGGAAGGUACCGUUGGAACCUCUAAAAAGGGUGAUCAAUCUGGUAAGGGAGACACGGCAAAAAAGACCGAAGCUGACACCCAAGGUGCGGCUGACGCUGCUGCCGAUGCGAAAAAGAAAAAACCCAACAAAGCCGCGCUGGCCAUCAUGCAGGAACGGUUAAAAGCUAUACGCGAGGAGGAGGAACGUAUGCGCAAGGAGGAAGAAGAGAAACAAAAACUAGAGGAGCAAGCGGAACAGUUCCGAUUGGAGCAGAUGCGUCUCGAACAGGAAAAGAGAGAAAAGAAGAAGCAAAAGGAAAAGGAACGCAAGGAGCGGUUAAAGGCGGAGGGAAAGCUGCUAACGGCGAAGCAGAAACAGAAUCGGGCACGUGCCCAAGCCAUGCUGGAAGCACUGAAAGCGCAGGGUCUCGCUAUUCCGGAAGCAACCGGUGAACGACGUCCAAAGCCCGGUGCUCGCAUUCGUACGAAGAAGAACCAGGCGGCCAAUGUCGAUGUGACGGAGUCGAAAGAAACUACACCUACGGCGGAGGAUGUAAAAGCGCAAGAAGAACCGAAAGUGAAGGAAAAGGAAGUGAAGGAGUCGUGGGAUGUGACGGAUAGUGAAGAGGAGGAAGAGGAAAAGAAAAGUGGUGUGGAGUUGUCCCAACAGCAAUCGGUUGAAUCAAAGGACAGUCGUGGAUCGGACGACGAAGGUGAUGAAGAUGGUGAUGAAGAAAACGACGAGUCCGAUGAUGACGACGAGGACGACGAUGACGAUGGUUCUGAUGACGAUGAUGAUGAUGAUGAGGAUGAUGAGUCUGGCUCGGAGGUGGGAGAUCAUCGGCGGGAAGCGGAAAAAAUGCGCCAACGAGCAUUGGAUCGUAUUGCGAGUCGUACGCAGGAGGCCGAAAAGAAAAGAUCACUCGAUAACUUGCGCGCCGCCGUAGUGUGUGUGCUGGGGCACGUCGAUACGGGAAAAACGAAAAUUCUCGACAAACUACGGCGCACGAAUGUGCAGGACGGGGAAGCUGGUGGUAUUACGCAGCAAAUCGGUGCCACGAAUGUACCAACCGAAAACAUAAAGGAACAAACAAAAUUUGUGAAAGGCUUCCAAGAGCUGCAGUUCAAGCUGCCCGGUCUGCUGAUCAUCGAUACACCCGGGCACGAGUCGUUCAGUAAUCUGCGAUCGCGCGGUUCCUCGUUGUGUGAUAUCGCUAUUUUGGUGGUGGAUAUUAUGCACGGGCUGGAACCGCAAACACUCGAGUCUAUAAAUUUGCUCAAAUCGAAGCGCACCCCGUUUGUGGUGGCGUUGAAUAAGAUCGAUCGACUGUAUGACUGGAGCACGAUGCCACGCAAGGAUGUGCGUGACAUUUUGAAGGCACAGGCGGCCAACACGCAGCUGGAAUUUAAUCAGCGCACGAAGGAAAUCAUCGUGCAGUUUGCGGAACAGGGUUUAAAUGCGGCCCUGUUCUACGAAAAUCCCGAUCCGAAAACGUACGUUUCGCUCGUACCGACGAGUGCGAUCACCGGUGAGGGUAUGGGCAAUCUUCUGUUCCUGAUAGUACAGUUCUGCCAGAAGCAGCUUGCCAAGCGACUGAUGUACAGCGACGAUCUGCAGGCAACCGUGCUCGAGGUGAAAGCCAUCCCCGGUCUCGGUACAACGAUCGAUGCUAUUUUAAUCAAUGGAAAGAUGCGCGAAGGCGAUACGAUGAUCCUGGCCGGUACUGAAGGACCGAUCGUGACUCAAAUCAAAGCACUGCUCAUGCCGCAACCAAUGAAGGAGCUGCGCGUGAAGAACGCUUACGUGGAGCACAAGGAAAUUAUGGCAGCGCAAGGUGUAAAGAUAGCGGCGAAGGAACUGGAGAAAGCAAUCGCAGGAUUAAAUCUGCAAAUAGCUCAGAAACCCGACGAAGUGGAGAUUUUCAGGGAUAUAGUGGCUCGUGACUUAAAAUCUGCUUUAAACAGCAUUAGACUUAGCGAUCGGGGUGUUUACGUGCAAGCAUCUACCCUUGGAUCGCUGGAAGCACUGUUGGAGUUCUUGAAAACGUCGAAAAUUCCGUACUCCGGUAUUCGGAUCGGUCCAGUUGUUAAGCGUGAUGUUAUGAAAGCAUCUACAAUGUUGGAGCACGAAAAUCAGUAUGCUACCAUAUUAGCUUUCGAUGUGAAAGUGGAGCGAGAUGCUCAAGAACUGGCGGACAACUUGGGCGUGAAGGUGUUCCAGGCGGAUAUCAUUUAUCAUCUGUUUGAUAAGUUCAUGGCGUAUCGGGAGGAAAUCAAACAGCGGAAACGGGACGAAUUUAAAUCGAUUGCUGUGUUCCCCUGCAAACUAAAGAUUUUACCCCAGUUUGUGUUUAAUUCACGUGACCCAAUCGUGAUGGGUGUGAUUGUGGAGGCGGGUAUCGUUAAGGAGGGUACACCAAUUACAGUGCCUAGCAAAGAGUUUACUGAUCUUGGCGUUGUAACGUCCAUCGAAGCUAAUCAUAAACAACUCGAAAGCGCACGAAAGGGACAGGAAGUGUGCAUCAAAAUUGAACCCAUACCAGGCGAAACACCGAAAAUGUUUGGCCGUCACUUUGAUGAUACCGACAUGUUAGUUAGUAAGAUUUCCCGUCAAAGUAUCGAUGCGUGCAAGGACUACUUCCGGGAUGAUCUUUUAAAAUCCGACUGGACGCUUAUGGUGGAACUGAAGAAGACCUUCCAGAUAUUGUAGAGCCGUUGCGAGUUUUUUUUUCGAUGUCAGUUUUUAAAUGAUUUUAUUUUUGCAUGUCAAUUUUGUUUCAAUCGUUUUGGACGUUAGCUUUGAGUUUGGCUACCAUUUUCACUUUCCAUGCUGUAUUACGAGCACACAGAAAAUAUUUAGUUGUUACUAGUAUAAAAACAAAGUCAUUGUGUAAUGCUAGUCCCUUUUUACUGUUCACGCGCGUGUGUGUGUCGAGUAUAAAUUAAUAUUUUUUUAUAGUUUAUAUUCUGUCCGCUUCGAAAGUUAAUGAGUUUAAUUUUAUUUUUCGCAUUUCAAUUUGAGGCAUCGAUUUUUGAUCCGUAAAACAAAAAAAAUCCCAAUACAAAGUUACUUCAUUAAUUGUGCAAAAUCCCAUCAACAGUAAUGCUAACUGCAAUAAUAUAAAUUUCUUGUUCAAAAUCGGUUCAAUACUAUCGUAUGUAAAUUGGCAAAGACAGUAAACGGUAAAAAUUGCAACUACUAUGGUAUGUUCCAAAACUUUAUAUUUAAUUUAUGAAACAAACUAAACGGACAGCAAAAUAUUGUCAUUGAAGAGAGAAAGCAUCAAAAAAGAAACUUUGUUUGCCCUAGAAGGUUUGAAAACAGUGCAAGGUCGGUUGGCAAGAAACAUAUAAAGUCGUGUAAAUUUAAA